CGUCAGUCUCGUCUCGCCGGCUCGGCCCCUCGCCUUCGCCGGAAAACCUCAGACGGCGCACUGCCGGCGUCGAUCGAAAUGCAGGGCCACGCUGACAGCGAGAGCGGCCUCGCCACCGCGCCUUCCAGCCCCACACGCUACCUCUGCUCCGGGCGAGACGGUGAGUGUGACGAAGACGGCGGAGGCAUCCAUUACUUCUUCAGCGCCCCGGCCAGCCCCGUGCACUACAUCCUCCGUUCGCCGCCAGCGUCCUCCGCGUCGGUCCACUACGCUCCCUCCACGGAUGGAGACUUCUGCACGGCCCCCGGCGACUUCGAGUUCGCCGCGCGCCACCGCGGUAUCGACGGCGCCGGCGCCACCACCACCAUGAGCUCCGCCGAGGAGCUGUUCCUAUCCGGCCGCAUCCGCGUAGGUGGCCUCUCCCCCAUCCGCCAAGAAACGGAUUGCAGGGAGCAGCAGGGGGAGGACGGUGAAGACGAGGGCGGCGUCGAAGGCCGCUCGCCGCGGCCUCGCCGGACCAGGUCGGCUUCGCCGCCCCGGAGCCCGCGGCUCGCCAAGACUGCAGAGCCUGCCGACUUCUUGGCAUCAGCGUCGUCGUCAUCCUCCUCCUCCUCUUCCUCUGCCAAGACCAUGCGGCGGAGGAUAUCGCUGCGGGACCUCCUCGGCCGCACCUGCAGCGAUCCCUCGAUGAGGCCGCCGGCCCCUAUUACCACCGCCGCCGAGAGGUCAGGAUCCUGGCUGCCAUCUAUCUGGCCGGCGCGGGCCAAGAAAGCUCUGCCCUCCCCGGCGCCGCAGCCUGCUCGCCGGUCAGUUUCGUCGGUCAGGGCAGCACCGGGCGGCGCGGGGCGCGAUGAGGCGCCGCGGCGGCGCACAACGUCUCUGCCGUACCGGCAAGGCCUGGUUCUUGGAUGCCUCGGCCUAGGAGCCCGGAGCUACGGGCUCGCAAAGUCCAUGCACCCCCUCUCCACGCGGUGAUCUCGGCACGUCUGGCAAGUGGCGAGGCAUAGUUUCAGGGCUUAUCUGAAAAAUAUUUGAUGCGCUUUUAUCCCCAGUGCAAAAUGGAAACAAUGUUAUGUAUACAUCGCAAAUACAGUAUGAUUUUGUUCAGCCGGCUCAAUCUUUGCUAUGUGAGAGUCCUUUUAUUUGAUUGAAGGAUAAUUGUUACCCAUAUCAAUUCCUUACUUCAUAUUGUAAGGAAUAAACAUCUUUGUCCUGAAUUUCAUUCUCCACUAUUCGUUGUGUUUCGUGUUACUCUCUCCGACCCAUAUUACUUGUCUUAGAUUUAUCUAUGAUACA